AUGGGCGACUCGUUUGAACUCCAAGACGAAAUCCAGGCUUUACAAGAUGUCGAAAACUACAACAUACCUAGUGAACACGACCCUCAAAGCGAGGACAUCGAGAGGUUACUUGAAGCUGCCGUAGAGGUCCUAGCAGAAUCGUCGGACUCGAUUACGGAUCCCGAGGUAUUCGACGUGUAUCGAAGCAUUUUGAAACACUCAGACUCGGUCCCGGGCCACGUUAUGAGCAAGUUAUUGGAUUCAAUACUAUCGGGGCUCCAAAGCCAUGCAGAGAUCACGAUACGUGACAUAGAUCAAGAGGAGCAGCAAGUAUACAUGGUGCACAAGGGUCCGAUGGAGAGGUUCAGCUUUCUUCUGCAAUGGUUUGUAACCGCGGCCGAGAAGGUCAAAGUGGAAGAGGGGGACGAGGCUGCGAGCGUGCCUCCGCCUAAAGCUAAGCGUGCACGGGGAGGGAAGGCCGCCACGGGUCGAGGAACGCGUGCCGCGCUAGGGAAGAAGAGCGACUCCUGGACUUGGAGUGACCAAAUCCCAAACGUCCUCAAUGCUAUCGGGAAGAUUUUGAAGAAGCUGCAAGUUCCCCGUAUAUGGACUACCUCUUCUUCCAAGGAUAACUUCAUAAACUGCCUGACUCGCCCCGCGUAUCAUAUCGCGGAGAAUGAGCCGUAUAUGAAGAUCGCUCAAGUUCGCCUCGGCGUAUUUCAUGUCAUUGCCCUCGCCGUCAAGCAUCACAGUCAUGGCCACGCGGCGCGUAUCAACAUCAUGCAGAAUCUCCAAUACUACGAGCAUCUAUCUGAACCGAUGGCAGAAUGCCUCGGUUUGCUGUCCGGGACAUACGACCACAAUCAACUUGGCGACGAGAUUUUACGUGACAUUGCGAGCAAAGUAUUCAAUGCUCAAGAUACCAAGGGCCCUCGAAACUUUUCCAAAUUCCUUGUUAAGUACGCAGAGCUUCUACCUAGGAAUGUCAUGAAGCAAAUGGUCCUUCUGGUUACGCAAUUAGACUCAGAGGCCUACCCAAUGCGCGUCGCAAUGGUCGAAAUCAUGGGCUAUUUGAUCAGGGAUCUUGCGCAAGAAGAAGAAUCGGCUCAGAUUGACAAGCAGUUGAACAAUCUUUUCGAGCAGCUCAUACAGCGUAUGCUCGAUAUAUCUUCUUACGUCCGCACCAAAGUCUUGGCCGUGUUCAUCAAAGUCUGCGAGAUGAAGGAUGCAAAAUUCCCGAAGCAGCGCCUCCUGAUGACCGACGCCGCUAUCAAUUCUCUAGAUGACAAAGCGAGCACUGUACGGAAGUCGGCCGUGCAAUUGCUGACCUCCUUGGUGGAGACGCACCCGUUCGGGAAGAUGAAUGGAGGGUCCUUGCAGCUGUCGGAGUGGGAAGAACAGUACGAGAAGGUGAAGGCAGAGCUAGCUAAGGUGGAGGAUAUGAUGGGUAAUGUAGUCGUCAAUGACGGAGAGGAGGCGCAGGACAAAGAGGAUGACGACGGCGGGGAUACCGAAAAGGAGGAUGGUGACAACGAAGACGAAGACGAAGAUGGCAUUGACCAGGAAUCAUCUUCUGCAAAAAGAGCGAAAGAUGAUAAUGACAUGGACGUCGAUGAAGACUCCCUUUUCAUAGAGGAUGAUGAUGAUGGCGAAGCUACCACCCCAAAGAAACCCCGGAAGAAGGCGAAGAAGAAGAAAGGGAAGCUCGCUCCUCGUAAAUCCGAGUUAGAUGUCACGGCUUUUUCAAACGAGACUGCCGCCCUUGCCGCCCUGGAUGGCAGCGACCUUCUGCGCAUGCGGCUUCAGAAAAAGUAUUUCGUUGAGGCCUUGACGUUUAUCCGCCAGCUAGAGGGCGCCAUGGAUAAAGUUUGCGAACUACUUGGCUCAACAAACAAGUCCGAAGUCCUGGAAGCGAUGAACUUCUCUCGUGUAGCCCACGACUACAAGCUUCCCAGCUCGGAGAAAGCUGUCAAGAAAAUGCUGCACUUGAUUUGGUCCAAGGACAACUCAUCGACUUCAGAAGACGGGAAAGAGCUGAAGGGCAUUCGAGCUCGCCUAUUGGAAUGCUAUCGCAUCAUGUACAUUGAUGAUGUCCCAAACAUGGACCCGAAGUCACAAAUCAACCGUAUAGCCAAGAACUUGAUAGAGCUGACUUACAACGCAACGUUGGCUGAGUUGACUAGUCUGGAAGAGAUGAUGAAGUCCCUAAUGGAUGAGCACCACAUCGACGAAGCCGUCGCAUCCAAACUAUGGCAGGUUUAUAGUUCGACUCAGAAUCUCCCUAACGCUCAGCGGCGAGGCGCAAUCAUCGUCUUGGGCAUGGUCGCUCUAGCUAAGCGAAGCGUCGUCACCGACCACGUCGAUACCAUUCUCAAAGUUGGGUUUGGCCGCCUAGGAAAGCUGGAUCUUACGCUUGCUCGUUAUUCAAGCGUGGCCUUGCAGAGAUUGAACGGAAGCGCGAAGAAAAUCAAAGGCUCGCUGCUUGACAAGACCCUACGACUGGAAAUAGAUAACGCUAUCUUCAAGAAGCUACAGGGUUUCAUUCAAGCCCCUAACCGAUCGAAAGAGUGGUUCGGCCUUGCAGAGCAAAUCAUCAAUACGAUCUACGCACUCAGCGAGCAUCCGGAUAAAUUGUGCAGUGAUAUCAUAAAAAAUCUCACUCGUCAAGCAUUCGCACGACAGCCGCAAGGAUCAGCUCCUAAAGACGAUUCCAUGGAUACCGACAAGGCAGAGAAAGAUGCUGAUGCCAUGGAGGAAGACCAACCAACUCAAGAAAGUACCCAGGAGACCGGGGACGAACCCCUUGACGAGAGUCAAGAAAACCAGGGAUCGAAGGAUACAGGAGAUGCCUUCGAGCUUGCGAAGUUGCUGUUCGUCGUCGGCCAUGUUGCUAUGAAACAAAUCGUCUACCUUGAACUCGUUGAACGCGAGUGGAAACGCCAGAAAGACGAGAAACUCGCUGGUAUGUCUACCCAUUUACUAGGCACAUCAAUGUUUAAUGGAAUACACCUUUUAGCUGAUAAGGCUGCUGGUACCAGCGCUGCUAAUAAAGGUGCCAACCACGUAGAAGAGUUGGACCAAGUUGCUGGGAACGCAGAAGACGAGAUCGGCGAUCGUAUUGCCGAGGUUAGGGAGACCGAACUCCUUUACGGACCCGAAUCCCUGCUCGCCGUAUAUGGACCAAUGUUGGUCCAUAUUUGCGGGAGCCCCCAGAAGUUCAAGAAUCGAACGCUUCGCGCGGCCGCUACUCUCUCCUUGAGUAAAUUCCUUUGCGUCAGCUCCCAGUUCUGUGAUCAACACCAUCGUUUGCUCUUCAAAAUUCUGGAGAUAUCUAAAGACGCUGAUAUACGCAGCAACAUCGUCAUUGCUCUUGGGGAUGUCGCCGUGUCUUUCAGCAGUAUCAUCGACGAGAACAGCAACGAACUGUACAAAGGACUAUCCGAUCAGAACAUCGUUGUGAAAAAGAAUACGUUGAUGGUGUUGACGCAUUUGAUCUUGAAUGGUAUGAUCAAGGUCAAGGGCCAACUAGGAGAGAUGGCCAAAUGCUUGGAGGACGACGAUUCAAGAAUCGCGGAUUUGGCCAAAUUAUUCUUUACAGAGCUUGCUACGAAGGACAAUGCCAUCUACAACAACUUACCAGACGUGAUCAGCCAUCUCUCGAGCGGCGAACAUGCCGUAGAUGAAGAAACAUUUCAGAGCACGCUCAAAUAUAUAUUUACUUUCAUCGAAAAGGAGAAACAAGCAGAGAGUAUCGUGGAGAAACUGUGCCAACGCUUCCGUUUGACGGAAGAUCCCCGUCAAUGGCGAGACAUUGCUUUCUGCUUAUCCCUCUUGCCGUUCAAAUCUGAACGCUCGGUAAAAAAACUGAUUGAAGGACUACCGAAUUACCGCGACAAGCUGCACGAAGAUGUGGUGUAUCAGCGAUUCACUGAGAUUUUGCAGAAGGCUCGCACCAAUAAGUCAACGAACAAGCCGGACACUGAGCUUGACGAAUUUGAGAAGAUCUUGGAAGAACACAAAUUACAAGGAGAAGAGGAUCAGGCUCUGGAGAAACGCGCUGAGAGCAAGAAAGCAGCUGCAAAGAAGAGGGCGACCAGGAAGAAGUCGAGUCGCAAGAAGGCUGUGGUGAUACAAGAAGACGAAGACGAGGAUGAGUAG